CUUGGCAAAAUGCCUACAGAAACUGAGAGAUGCAUCGAAUCCCUGAUUGCUGUUUUCCAAAAGUACAGUGGGAAGGAUGGAAACAGCUGUCAACUCUCGAAAACAGAAUUCCUUUCCUUCAUGAACAUGGAGCUGGCCGCCUUCACGAAGAACCAGAAGGACCCCGGUGUUCUUGACUGCACGACGAAGAAGCCGGACCUCAACAAUGAUGGGCAGCUAGAUUUCCAAGAGUUUAUCAACCUUAUUGGCAGCUUAGCUAUAGGGUGCCACGACUUCUUCCGCAGAACUUCCCAGAAGUGUAUCUAA